UCUUACACCAUUAAAUACAAGACAAAAAGCACACAAAGACAGACAAAUGUAAAUAUAUUCGUUUGUGUGCAAUACCAUAUCGCAAUACCAUAAUUUAAAUUCUAGAGAGUCAAUUAUUCGUAGAAAUAAUCACAAUCACACAAGAUGUAUGCCAUUUUAUUGAGCUGUGUAACACUGAUUCUACAGUUGCUUCCGCCUGUUGUGUCCAUAUCCAGUCCUGGUCUACUAACAAGAGAGGUUGGACAAGAUGUGGUGUUCAUAGUUAAUGCUACCAACAUAGUGGCAGUCAACUGGGGAAUACGAGAUGGCAACACUAACAAUCUGAAACAAGGGCUUAUCAACUACAAUAAAGCAGAUGGAAUACAGUUAGAUAAAAAGAUCAAUUCAACAAGUUACGCAGGAAGAGUCAGUCUUGUUGGUGAUCUGUCAAAGGGUCAGGCUUGGUUCAAGAUCACAGACCUAAACAUCAACGAUACCAAUCAGUACAUGGCACAGAUCUUCACACAGGGAUCAUCAGACUACGAAUAUGUAAUAAUGCAGUUGCAUGUGAUAAUGCUACUUACUGCAACGCCUCGACAGACAUCAACGCGAGAAUUCACUAUUCCAGCCUCAAGUUCAAAAACUUCUCCUCGGCAAACAACAUCUCUGGUGGCUCAACUUUCAAACCGAAGCAUGUCAAUCAAUGUGGUUAAGGACGUUGUUGGAGAUUUUAGUGAUGCCAGCUCUGCUGCUUUCAAACAAUUCAGCAAAAACUUUGUUUCUGAGAUCAACUCUGUCUAUAAAAAUAUCGAUAUCUUCGAGAAAGCAAAGAUCACUAGUCUCAGUGACAAUAUCAUUCCUGUAAAGUUCGUUGUUUUCUUCAAGAACACGAUAAAACCAAAUGAAAUAUGUGCUCCACUUAAAGAUGCAGUAAAAGACAAUAGACUUGGAAGUCUCAAGAUAGUACCUGGUUCAUUAGAAUGCUCUAAUGUACCCAGCACAAGUUUUCCCAAGCAGCAAUCAAGUUCUGCUAGCACAUGCACGUCAAUCAUCGCGGCAUGUGUUACUAUCAUCAUAUUCCUGAUUUUGGUCGUAGUGUGUCUGCUUAUCUAUAUUUGGAGAUUACGAUUAAAUAUUGAAAAAGGAGCAGAAACAAGAAACUCGCCAAGUAUACAAGGCAAGAACCUUGAAGCUUAUGAGAAUGUCCAUCAAAUGGACGACACCUCACAAGCCAUAACGACAAAAACAGCUCGAACGCCAAAUUCCGAAAAGGAACUUUAUGAAACGGUAAAUGAAACCAGAGACAAAGACAGCGCUGCAAUAGCAACAACUGUGAAACAUACGCGUGGGCCUUCUGCCGGCGUCCAAGGUGACGCAUCUUCAUUGCCGCAACAUUAUCAAGAGCUUCAAAGAAAUGCACCUAAUCCGACCCCGCUGUAUGAGCCUCUCAAGCAGCGGGGCUUUGGUAACAAAGAAGAAGUGGCUUCAGAAGAUCCAAAAAUAUACGAACAUCUGCGCAUGCAACAGAGUGCAUCAAGAAUUGAAUACCAGUCAUUGAAGCGUUAUAAGGAUACCGAGAGUAAAGUGUGAUGCAACAACUGCAAAUCAAAUACUUUUCCAUAAGCCACCAAAUGAACAAUUGUUCUUUCGUUCCAUAUUAGAAUUGUUUAGCGUUUAGCUGCUUGCCAACAUCUAUUUCUAGCUUUUUUGCUAAUCAUUAAAAGGCAAAAUGUGCCAACUGAACGAACAUAUUCUAAAUACAUAAAAGAUUGCUACGUUAAUUAAGUACGGUUAUACUUAAUACUUCCCUCCAUAUCAUUUGCAAAACAGAAUAAAAGAAUGAAUAUAUAUUUAUUCUUUUAUUCUUUUAUAUAUAUUCGUUUAUUGUGGACAUAUUUACUUGCACUUUUAUCGUUAUCUACUAUUACCUCUUUUCCGUUUUAGUUACAGUGCACAAAAUGAACCACGAUAUUAAAAGUGCAAUAUGUCAGUCUCGACCUAAGAACUCCGACAUUUAUCUUUUUUGAUACAUUUGCGAGUUCGCGAUUAGUGUGUUCCUUUUGGCAUGCUAGAAKUUUGACAMGUUAAUAAAKCUUAUGUAUGUMUGUAUGUUGCUCGAUAACAUAUCACAAAAUUAAAACACAUGCAUCUCAUGAAAUUAAAUGUUUUAUACGAUUACAACCAUAAAUUUCUUGGGCUUCCCAGAACGCCUGGCAUUUUGUGAAUCACCGGCAUCAAAAAUGACAAGGCAAUUGAGUCUUUCUGGAAAGACAUUUAUUGACCAUACCAUCUAGCAAAGGAUCUUAAGAUCCGUAGUUUUAUAUGCCGUCAUUUGCAACGCAACUGAAGCAAUAU